AUGUUGAUGAAGACAGCACUCAUCGCCCUCAUGGGCAUGACAGUGAUGGUUGAGGCCACCCUCCUUCCAAUGAACCCAGUCCCGAUGGGCUUGAGGUUGGAGGCCCGACAGAACAGAGGCAAGCAGAACAACCCGCAGGGAAAGAACAACAACCAGCAGCAGGGAAAGAAAAACAACAACAACGGGCAGGGAAAGAACAACAACAACAACAACGGGCAGGGAAAGAACAACAACAACGGGCAGGGAAAGAACAAUAACAACAAUAAUGGCGGCGGUCUCUGUCUGGAGCAGAGUUCUAUCAACCAGGCAUCCAAGACCACCGGCCAGACUGGCGGCCAAAUCGAGCCUGGCCAAGUCGAGUCGAAGACUGACAAUGCCAACUUCAUCAACUUCUGUGCCAAAAAGACGCUCACCGACGGCAAACAACUCAGGGGCGGCUCUUGCAGCCCAGUUAUCCAGGGUGACAUACCCGCAGCAGCAAAGAUGGUUUCAACUGUCAUCAUCAACCCCAAGAAUGGUGACAAGAUCCCCGCACAGAAGUCAUUCAAUGUCCAGGUCAAGAUCGCCAACAUGAAGCUUGGCUCGUUCACCAACGCUCAGAACACCUACUACACGGCUCCCCAGCAGCUUGAGGGUGGCGUGGUUGUCGGCCACACGCAUGUGACCAUCCAGGAUCUUGGUGGCACCAUGAACCCGACCCAGCCCCUUAACGCCGAGCAGUUUGCCUUCUUCAAGGGUAUCAACGACGCCGGCGACGGCAACGGAGGUCUCCAGGCGCCCGUCGACGGCGGUCUUCCCCCGGGAAUGUACCGUCUGUGCAGCAUGUGCGGUGCCUCCAAUCACCAGCCGGCUAUUAUGCCUGUUGCCCAGCGUGGUGCCCAAGACGAUUGUGUUCGUUUCGAGGUCAUCGACGAUGGUGGCAACGGCAAUGGCAAGAACAACAACAAUGGCAACGGCAAGAACAACAAUGGCAACGGCAAGAACAACAAUGGCAACGGCAAGAACAACAACAACGGGCAGCAGGGCAAGCAGCAGAACCAGCAGCAGGGCAAGCAGCAGCAGGGCGCCAAGGGCAAAGGCCGGAACGCUGUUGGAGCCGCUAACGCGCCGCCCGUUGAGGACUCUGGCGACUCGGCUCGCCCCUUCCGUGUGAACGGCGAGACCUUUGUCAACCGGGCGGCCGCUGUUCAGCGUUCGUGUGCCAUUCAGAACAACGCCUGCUCCGACGCCGUCAACAGCGGUGGCGGUGGCUCCUUGGAGGCCUGCCGUCAGCAAGAGCAGGCUUGCAACGCCAACGCAUAAGCAGCGAUUGGAAUGUUGUCUUUUCUGUUAUAGAACUUUUCUCUUGGGGGCUCAUUCCUCGCCGUCUUUGUCCUUCCCUCUCAAAUGACAAAAAAACACCCUUGACGGUCGUUCCGGGGGAUGGCGUAUACCCUCUUUACUCAACUGCGCAGUCCAGAGUGCCUCCCCUGCCGUUCUUGAACGACAGUUCCCGUCGCCGGGUGUGAUGGAAGAUAUCAUAGGCAAUUUUGCGUGGGAUCGUCUGGGGUCAUUUUGUUGGGUUGACGAGGUUGGAUUCGGUUGGUUCUAUUCCCGCGACUCUUUUUUUUUCUUUUCCGUCUGGGUUGGCUCAAGAUUCUAUAUAGCGUUGCCGGAAUCCACGAUGAUCGUCUAUAUAUACCUCUCUUGUCAUUGAUUUCUUUUUUUUUCUCCUAUCUUAUAACGCUGCUAAUGGAAGUUGAAUUACUUUUUUCAUUCAAUAUUUUCCCCCGUGUUUUGCACCAAACUUGAUAAAUCGAUUGAACAGCAAGAGAAAAUUGUCUAUAUGUAUAUAUAUAUAUAAAGAGACAGAGAGAGAGGGAG